UGAGGGGGCGCUAGAUCGCAGUCCCCACCCGGCGCCAUCUUGGAGACCCUUACGAGCCUGGCUAUGGUCACAACAACCGGCAGUCUGAGACGCAACGAAAUGGGAUUAAAAGAGAAAAAAUAUUUCGAUAUUUGAAUUAUUGCUUCACUCCAUAUAUAACUGGGCUGAGGUGGACGUUGUGCAUUUUAAACCGAAAAAAGAGUCAGUGAAGGGUAUUGCCAGAAUCGAGUUUUUUUUAAAAAAUUUGAAUCUAUAUAUAUAUAUAUAUAUAUUUUACAUCUACAUGAUUUUUUUCUGAUUAGUGGGGUCCCACGGCCCAGCAGCAGAGGGUGGUUCGCCGUGCAACACCGUUAAAAUUGUAUAUCGAAAUACAUCUUUUUUUUUUUUUACAACAAAACAAAACAAAAAUAAUUGUUCACAACUGCAGCGUUUUGCGUUGUAGGUUUUUUUUUUUUUUUUUUUUUUUUUAAUACGCGGUGGAAGGUGAUUUGUUCUAUUAUUAGAUCAUUUAAAAUAUAUUAUUAAUACGAAAUAAAAAUGUCUUCGAACUGUACCAGCGUUGCGGCGGUCAGUGCCAGCAAAACCAAGACAAAAAAGAAACAUUUUAUCGGCCAGAAAGUGAAAUUGUUCCGGGCUAGCGAACCUAUUCUCAGCGUCUUGAUGUGGGGGGUCAACCACACGAUUAAUGAGCUAAGUAAUGUGCCCGUCCCCGUGAUGUUGAUGCCAGAUGAUUUUAAAGCCUACAGCAAGAUCAAGGUCGACAACCACCUGUUCAACAAAGAGAAUUUGCCAAGCCGGUUUAAGUUUAAGGAAUAUUGCCCCAUGGUGUUUCGUAAUCUACGGGAACGGUUUGGCAUCGACGAUCAGGAUUACCAGAACUCUCUGACAAGAAGCGCCCCUUUAAACAGCGACUCUCAAGGUCGGUUCGGGUCCAGAUUCCUCACCACCUACGACAGGAGAUUCGUGAUCAAAACCGUGUCGAGCGAAGAUAUUGCGGAGAUGCACAACAUUUUAAAGAAAUACCACCAGUUUAUCGUGGAAUGUCACGGCAGCACGCUUCUCCCUCAGUUCCUGGGGAUGUACAGAUUAACAGUGGAUGGUGUUGAGACCUACAUGGUUGUCACGAGGAACGUAUUCAGUCAUAGGUUAACUGUACAUCGCAAAUAUGACCUGAAGGGUUCAACGGUAUCAAGGGAAGCUAGUGAUAAGGAAAAGGCCAAGGAGCUGCCCACUUUCAAAGACAACGACUUCUUGAACGAAGGACAGAAGCUUCACAUCGGGGAUGACAACAAGAAGUAUUUCCUGGAGAAGCUCAAGAGAGACGUGGAGUUCCUGGCCCAGCUGAAGAUUAUGGACUACAGCCUGCUGGUGGGGCUCCACGACGUGGACCGGGCGGAGCAGGAGGAGAUGGAGAUCGAGGAGCGGGGCGAGGAGGACGAGUACGAGAACGACGGCAUGGGGGGGACCACCGGCUCCUUCGGGACCCCGCCCGACAGCCCCGCCAACCUGCUCAGUUUCCCCGGAUUCUUUGGCCCCGGGGAGUUUGACCCGUCGGUGGACGUGUACGCCAUAAAGAGCCACGACAAUGCCUUGAAGAAGGAGGUGUACUUCAUGGCGAUCAUUGAUAUACUGACACACUACGACGCAAAGAAGAAAGCUGCUCAUGCUGCCAAAACUGUCAAGCACGGGGCCGGAGCUGAAAUUUCCACUGUAAACCCUGAGCAGUACUCGAAACGAUUCUUUGAAUUUAUGUCCAACAUCCUGUCAUAGUACCACCCUCCGUCUCUUUCCCCUGGAAACUCGUAGAGGCACGAGAUUGAGAGACUUUAAUUUUGGAAGAACAGCAACAGAAGAAGUUGUUUGAUCCACUAUAACAAGAGACUCGGUAGCAGUGUGUUGAGUUCCUGAGCAGUAUUUAAUAAUCCCCGGGUUCAACAGAAAACUGCAGUGUUGUGUCGUCCUGUCCCCCCCCCCCCCCCCCAUCUUCGAAUACUCGAUGUGAAUGGUGUGCCCCCCCCCCCCCCCCACCUUGUCCUCCCCCCUACCUGCCCAUUUCCCCGUCCCUCAUUUAAUUACUGAACAGACUCCCUCAGCGUUGUUGGAGUGUUUUUUUGUUUUUGCUUCAAGCAAUUGGCCGCCUUCUUCUGACUCUUCUUCUUCUUCUUUUUAUUAUUAUUAUUAUUAUUAUUGGUAUUAUUAUUCUUAUUAUUAUUAUGAUUAUUAUAUUUUUUAUUGAUUUAUUUUAAAACAACUCGAUCCAUGAAUGGAAAUUAAGAAUCCCAUUGCGUAGCGUUUUCUGGGAUGGAAUUCCAGGUUUUACUGCCUGCUAUUAGCAGGGUUGUGCUGAUAUUUUUUUUCAUUAUUUUUUUUUUUUUAACAGAGCUCAAAUCUUAUUACUCUUUAUAAGUUUCGUCCGGUGGUAAAAAUACAUUUAAAAUGAUCAAAAUCACUUUCAAAUAGUGUCUCGUUACUUUGAGUGCCAGAUUUUUACUGCAUGUUGGUGUAGCCCUGCCCAUUUCCUUGUAUGAGUAUGACAGCUCUGAGUACACAGCACCAUUCAACACUGUUCCAAUGAAUGGAAACAAGCCUCCCAUUGCAUAGCAGUCCUGAUCCACUCCUGGUUUUAAUAUGAGUUUAAUAAGAUACACCUGAGCUUGUUACUUUAGCAGGCAAACCAUAUAGGCUAUCGGCUGAAGUCUGACAGACUGAGCUUGCGCCCCCAUCCUGUUUUGUUACUUGUUGAGAUGUUUUUUCUGAAUUAAGUGCUGUGCCUGCAAUCUAAGCUAUUGGCCUCCUGCUAAAUGUGCUUUGAAUUGAUCCGACUCAUUACAGGAGUCAUCCAACCAGUCCCUAGCUCUUCAAAUAGUGGAAGAUGAUACAACAAUUGGAGGACGAAGAGGAUUUCGCAUGGAUUUGCUAGCACCUGCGCUUAUUUUCCAGUAAAUCUCACGAAAGCGUGAUUGAAACGCAGGGAGCAGUUCAAAGCGCUAAGCAAUGGAAUUCAUUAUUUUCAAUCACGGGAUUCACCGCAUCGUCCAGAUUUCUGCGAGAGCUGCAGUCAGUUAAAACACACACACACACACACACAUAUAUAUUAAAUAUGAACUUGAAUGACGCAUGUUUCAUCUGUCUAGACCUUGUAAUGCAUGUCCAUACCUAACUCCCACCCAUCAUCUCAACUUACAACACUAUUCCUAGAUUGCCAUUUUGCUUUGUUUUAAUUUUUACCUGAUUUUUUUUUUAAUUUUUGGGGGGUGGUGGGGGGUUCAGAUGUUAAGUUGCCAUAUUAUGUGUUUUAAUAUUUUUUUAAACAGCUGCAACUUUAAUCAAUAACAUUAACAGAGGCUAAACAAAAAAGGAUGUGUCACUCAAACAGCUUGUUUUAUUACCGUAUGAAUCGAUAUUUUAUAUAUUGUUUACAUUUAGAAAAAAAUGUAGCUUUUUUUUUUUUUUUUUUUUUUAAGUUUGUAUACAGUAUUGUUUUUUCACCGCAAACAGCAGAAAGAUAAGUUACUUGAAGAUCAUGCAUUGCUUAUAAAGGGAGUUUUUAUCAUGUUGUUUCCUUGUUGAAGAAAAGACCUCUUGGUUAUUGUGAGAGUUUGAGGGUGUCUUGCUUUUGUUCUAUUUUAUUUUUUAGUUUUUGUAUAAAGACUUUUAUCCAAGGUUUUGGAGAGGUGAACUUAAAAAAACAAAAAAAAAAAAAAACAUAAAUCAUGCCUUGAAUUUGAGGAACAUUAAUGCAGACUACACACAAGAUCUCAGAGUUGAAUAUCCCUGAACAAGCCUUGAGGACUAAUAUUUAAAUAAAAUAAGAAGAGAUUUAUGGGGAGGUUUACAGUAAGGUGUACAAAAGUGGCACUGCUCAAGCUUUCAGGAAUGAAUUUUUGUUCUACUCCGUUCACACAAACGAGCUAAUUUUGAAAAUGUGAUUGUGAAUGAUAGAUGGCAGUCACAUGGUUUCAAUACCUGUCGAAUGCACACUAGGUUGGAUGGCGUGUUACUGGUUUAAUCUGGACUGUGCCGGAGAUCAACCCCCUCCAUUGUUACCUGGAUCUUUUCCUGCAGCAGAAUUGUGAAUUAACCCCUGAUUCAACUGAUCAGUGCAAUGUUGUUUUAUUUUUUUCUUUCUUGUAAGAACCCUUCCAUUUCCCAAUUGGAUUUUAAGGAGGUUCACUAGCCAGUGGUACUGGAGUUCUGAGGUCUAUCCCAGUCCAGGACUUGAAAUCAUGUCAUUGGAUAUCUAAUUGAGUUGGAGUAGGGUCAUGGACUUCAAUGAAAGGACCACUGGACAUUUCUAGACGGAGAAUCUGGUUCAGCCUCACGCCUGAACAUAGUAUAAAAAAAUAAAAUAAAAACAGCACUUUGUUGCAAUUCAGUUUGAUUUAAGCAAAUAAACAAGCAAGGGUUAGUAAAACACUUCUGAUCCAUUCAAGUCUGAUUUUUCUUAUACUUUUUUUUUUUUAUAUAUAUAUAAAUGUGUCCGAUUUAGCACAGAAAACCAAGGUCAAUGGCUAAUUUUUUUUUUUUUUAUAUAAAGCAUAAUUUUUAGUUUCCUAGUGUCUAUUCAGUAUGAAGAAAAACUAAAAAGAAAAUAUAA